AUGAGUCUAGGAGGAACUACUGCUAAAGAAGUUGGCAAUAUCUCUUUUUUGAGAUCCUUUGUUAUUGCAAAUAACACCUUCCACAGAUUUAUCCCCGAUGAAAUGUAUAUUCCCAUGAGUCUGCCCAUUGCGGCAAGGUCUUCUCGCUUAGACAAGGGGAAUUUUGAAAACAACUAUCCCUCUGGAAAUCUUCCCGUGGAUAUUUAUGAAAAACUUUCGAAGCUUGAGAGGCUAGGAAUUUUGUCGAAUCAAAUAAGUGGCAAUAUUCCUCCAAGCUUGGGAACAUGUGCAAACCUUAAACUACUUUCUUUGACGAGGAAUAAAUUCAAUGGAAGCAUUCCAAUGGAGCUCGGGAACUUGUCACGACUUCAAAUUCUUCAACAUAGAUUCAAUAAUUUGAUAGGAGAUUUACCUUCAAGUAUCUUCAACAUUUCUUCUUUAUUAACAAUUUCGAUUCGACAAAACAAAAUUUCUGGAAACUUUCCCGAAGACCCAUGCAAAAGACCUUCAAAUCUUGAAAGACUAGAACUUUCUGAAAACAUGUUUCAUGGAGAGGUGUCGCUAAGUCUAUUGAAUUGUCGUGCACUUAAACUACUUAAUAUCUCCAACAACGGAUUCAUAGGUAGCAUUCCAGAAGAAAUUGGAAUCCUAUCAUCACUUCGGUGGUUAGAUAUGAGUUAUAAUGGCUUUUCUGGAAGCAUUCCUAAAGGAAUUGGAAACGUAUCAGCACUUCGACAUAUAGAUUUGAGUUACAAUAAUUUGACAGGUACGAUCCCAUAUUCAAUUGGUAAUAUGUCAAAUAUAGAGUAA